AUGCCGAACUUCAACGGCAAGAAACUAAAAGCCGCGGUCUGUCAGGAUGUUACAAUUGAAUAUCCAUGGGUGCAUUCACACCGGAACUCCGAAAGCUUUUGUGCUCGUGCCGCCAUUCCGAACACUAUCCAUCAUUCCAGCACAUAUAAUUGGCAUCAGGCAGCUAAGAUAUAUGCACAAGAGUCUCUGAGAUCAUAUAUACAGUACUUCAAUCUAACGAUAGUUCAUGGCUUGUUUCUCUGGGGAGUGUCAUAUUUGCCAUGGGUUUAUUAUAUUCUCUUGUAUCAUACUGGACUGGGAGUACGUACUCAUACUAGUCAAAGCUUGAACGGAUAUAUUGCAUGCAAGAAAGCCCUCAGAACCUCGGAAGACAACCAAAUCCAGGGGCAUAUUAAGGCAAUUCUAGGGGGAGAGUCGGAUGGAGGGCGGGAUGAACGGAUCGGGGCUGCCUCCAUCGGUAUCACUGAUUUGAUUGGCAUAUAUACUAGAACCUUUAAGUGCGCCGAUGGACUCGCCUAUAUAAACUCAUACACAUGUGGUUGA